AUGACGAACGUGUACUCCUUGGAUGGUAUUCUGGUGUUUGGUUUACUCUUCGUAUGCACCUGUGCCUACUUCAAGAAAGUACCUCGUCUUAAAUCCUGGCUGUUAUCAGAGAAGAAGGGUGUUUGGGGUGUGUUUUACAAAGCUGCUGUGAUUGGAACCAGGCUGCAUGCGGCAGUGGCCAUCGCUUGCGUUGUAAUGGCCUUUUAUGUUCUGUUUAUAAAAUGAAUUCCAAAGCAUCCAGCUCAUCAACUGCCAACCAAGGUGACAGGAGUGAAGAACUGUCAGGGGCCCAGUAUAGCCGAAUUCAGCUAAAAUCAUCAAAGUCCCCAGGAUGAUACCACAGCAUCUACCCCUACCACAUGUGGGGAAAACUCCUCAUGGUCAUAAACAUUGUUUAUGCUUCAGGGGACUCCAGAAAGCCACUUCUUUUGAUUUAUAUGUAACUCAGUCCUUGGCAGAGAGUAUAUGAUGUCCAGAUAAAUUGCAAGAUAAGGUUGCAUUCCUCCU